AUGACCGCCUACAGCCUCAACCUGCGCGUCUUCUGGCCGCUGGUGACCUGCGGCUGCACGGCGCUGCUGGGCCUCUUGCAAGCGCUGCGGACGCGCGCCGGGCCGGCAGGGGAGGGCGCCCCGGCGGCGCUGCUGCUGAAAGGCGCGCUGCUGCUGCUGGCGCUGCUGGCCUGCCUGGCACUGCGCUACCGGGCCCGAGGGCGGCGCGGGGCCCCGGAGAGCCCCGUGGGCGAAAGGAGCCCGGCGGCGGCCCGGCCCGGCGGGCGGCGGCGGCGGCGCGAGGCGCUGGAGGAGUUCCACGAGCGGCAGCUGCGCCUCUCGCCCCACGUGCUGGGCCACAGCAAGGCGCACGUCAGCCUGGUGGUGGGCGAGGUGGUGCGCGCCGGCAAGGCGGCCGGCCGGCUGGCGCUGCGCGGGGACUUCGUGCAAGUGGGCAGCGCCUACGAGCAGCACAAGGUGCGCAGCCCGGACGCCUUCGACGUGCUGGUGCCGCUGCGCCUGCCGCCCCGCCUGGCGCUCCGCGUGGAGCCGCGCCGGAGGGAGGCGGCGGCGGCGGGCCUUCGCGGCGCCUUCGCCUGCGCCCUGGAGGUGGCGGCGGCGGCGGCGGCGGGCGGGCUGAGCGAGGCGCUGUGCGUGGAGCGGCCGGCCGAGGGCGGACGCCGCCUGUCGGCCGCGCUGGUGCUGCGCUGGUUCCAGGGCCACGUGCAGCGCUGCCUGGGCGCCGUGCGCUCCCGCCUGCAGGAGCGCGUCCGCGUCAGCCUGGCCGUCGGGCCCGGCCGCCCGCUCACCUUGCACGUCGCCCCGCGCUCGGACUACGUCUGCUGCCACCUCUCGCUGGCCGUGCGCCUCAUCCCGGCCAUCCCCUUGGGCGAGGCGCUCUUCCUCACCGCCCUGCCCGCCGCCCAGCCGCCCGCCCCGGGCCAGCUGGCCUCCCUCUGGACGCUCAACGUUUCCAAGCCGGAGCAGCGCCUGCUGGGCUGGCUGAAAGAGCAGGGCGCCGGCGACUCCUGCCACCUCAAGUGCCUGCAGAUCCUCAAGGGCCUGAGGGACCUGGGAGGGCGCGCCUUGGAGCAGCCCCUGGCCUCGCAGUGGGCCCGCGUCCUCUCCUCCUACGUCCUCAAGACUGCGCUUCUCUCCCUCCUCUUGCGAGGAUCCUUGCACACCUGGGCGGACCAGUUUCUGGUGGAGAGGCUGGAGGACUUGGUCCAGUUCCUCCAGGACAGCCUGCGCCAGCGCAUCUUGCUGCACGUUUUCCUGGGCAACACCCGCCUCCCUGAAGCCCUGAGCCUCCCCAAGUUUCUCAAGGAAGCAACUCCUGUCAACCUGCUGGCAGACUUCGACGGUCCCACCUUAGACAAGGUGGCCGACCAUCUCCUGAACACAUGGUGGCAGGCACCCAAAAUCAUCCGAAUGUACAGUGGCCAUAGGUACAGGAGGACGCAUCCUGUCUGAGACAGUGAUCCGGAGUCUCGGAUGCAGCUGCAUAUAAGCAGGCAGCUUUAUAUGUGACACUAUCCAUAUAUAGAAGGGAUGUCGUCUUUGUGGGUUCAUUGUAUGAGUUUCAUUCACAUACAUUUACAUAUCACAAAAAGUGUUCCAAAAAUUAUAUUUUUAGGUGAUGAGUGCCCUUCUUUGGAGCAGGCAUUGUAUUAGAAGAGGCAUUCUUUCUCUCACACAAGAGGGAAUGCUUCUUCCCAAGUGUAAUUUGCCACGUGUGGCUUUCACGCACACCACACAUUUGCAUAAGAGCAGUCUUUCCAGAGAUGGAAAGAACAGACCUCUUUUGCUUUAAAUGA